AUGCCCAACAAAACAAUAUUUUUUUUUCAGUUUUCUGACAUAGCAAAGAGCUGUAUGUGAUACAUAGAGCGUGCUCAGUGCAUUCAGACCAGGCCUCCCACCAGCACUGUGAGCACUAAGUCUCAUAUGUUCAGAGCUAAGCAGAGGCCUAAAGCCUAUCAAGGGGGAUUAGGAAAGCUUUCUGAAGGACUAAGCAGUCUGACCAGCCUCUCCUCCUGGCUGUGUAACCUCCCACAGGAAAUCUGACCUCUCUGCAUCAUCAUCUCUUGGCCUGGCAAAUGAGGACCAAACAUCCUGCUCAGGACAUUCAGAAGAAAUCAUCCUGAUGAUAACGCACAGAUAGAAUUUAGCAUAGUUCCUGGCUGGACUUAGGUUGCCAUUAUUAUUGUAGCUUUUAAUGAGGUGAGACCUGAAGGACCAGUUAUGAGGCACUGACUGGAGAGGGAAAGAGCAUUCCAGGUAGAGGGAAAGACUGCUUGCAAAGGCUGGGAGGUGAGUACCCAUCAGAAGAGCACCAUGUUCAGGGGGAUAAGGGAUGGAGUGCAGAGAAGUGGGUGGGGCCUGCCUGUAAGAAUGUCUGCAGAGGAUGCUGUGGAGCCAGGCAAAGCUGUCACAUGGAGGGAAGGGUCAGCUGGCCAGGGAGGGGUCCUAACUAGAGUAGGAGAUUGCAGGAAGUAGGUGGGGGAUGUAGGCAAAGAUGAUAAGGUCUGAGCAGUAGGCACCAAGAGGAGAAAAUGGGGAGAGGAAUCUAGGUAGCGUCAGAGAUUGAUGGAAGUGCCGAGGGGAAGCCAGUGGGAAGGGUCCCCAGCCUUUGCACAGGUGAUGGAGCCAUCCCAAAAGUAUUGGUCAGAGGGGAGAUGCUGAGUUUAGCAGGUGCUGGGCAAUGGAAAUUGAGUUCUGGGUCUCGGGGAGAUGGUCUCGACAGAGACAUCAACUGGUGACUUGAUUCUGAGGACAUCAGGGAGUCACAGAAAGGGCCAGGGUCAGAGAAGAAGCUUCAGGUAAGACAGAGUGGAAAGCAAGAAACCUGAGCCAGGCAGGGAGUUCACAGGAAGGGCUUUGAUUUCUUAGACACUCCUGAAGGAAGUCUUCCUGCAUGGUGUCCACAGUUCCAGCUGAGAGUCCACCUUCCCCUCAGGGUGAGGAGUGGAGGAUCAUUCUAGGCCUCUCCAUACAUCUUCUGAUGGACACGAAGGGUGGGGUGGGUCACAGCCACUAUAUCAUGCCAGGGGACCCUGGCACCUCCCACAGGUCUGUCUUCCUUCCCCACCCAGGAAGCUAAGCUGCCAUUCCUGCUGGACUUGUCAGACCUGGGACGAUGCAAGCUGUGGAUCUCGGCGUAGUGUCCUUUCCAGAGUGCGACCAUCACCAUGGGCCUCCCGUGGACUCUGCUGCUCUCGCUGCUCCUGGCAUUCAGAUCAGGGCUCCUCGCCCUCUAGCCAGCUUCUAGACCUCAGCGACCCUCUGCCUCCUCCUCAGACUCAGGGGGCUCUUCUCAGGACUUUGUUUCAAAAGUCUCCAGCCAGCCCCCCAGCCAGAACUUUCCAGAUCAGCCUCCAGGGUCAGAAGCCUCUGCUGGAAUCCCUGAUUCCAACUGGUUUCCUUGGGGGCUGAAUGCAAGCCAUGUUCCUGGGUCAUUCUGGACUAAUGUGUCUUCUGGGGGACAAUAUCUGAGUCCUGAUGUCAACUUCUCUAAAAUCCCUGCUUCCCAAGUGGCUUUUGAUGGUUUCAAUUCUCAAGAUCCUGCUAAAGACCCCAGGCCUUCCUUCUCUGUUCAAGUCCCAGGCACCAAAGUACCCAGCAAGGCCCCAGGUUCAAAGCCACCCCUGGAGCAUCACAAUCUUGAACUUUCUGCCCAGAACCCUGAAUCCAAAGUUUCUUCGGAGACUCACCAGGCUGCAAGUUUCCCCCAGCAGGUGGGGGGACCCCUUGCUGUGCUAGUGGGAACCACCAUCAAGCUCCCUCUGACUCCAGUCCCCAGCCCCAGGCCUCCUGCCCCUCUGGUGGUCUGGCGCCGGGGCUCCAAGGUACUGGCAGCUGGGGGCCUGGGGUCACAAGCUCCACUGAUCAGUCUGGACCCCAUGCAUCAAGCCCGCUUGAGAUUUGACCAGAUUCGAGGGGGUCUGGAGCUCACCUCUGCACGGCUGGAUGAUGCAGGCGUGUACACAGUUGAGGUCAUCAGAGGAGGAGUCUCCCAACAGAUUCGGGAGUUCACGGUGGGUGUAUAUGAGCCCUUACCCCAGUUGUCGGUACAGCCCAGGGCUCCAGAGACAGAGGAGGGGGCAGCCGAGCUGAGUCUGCGCUGCGUAGGGUGGAAUCCAGGUAGUGGGGAGCUAAGUUGGAGCAGAGACGGACGUGCCCUGGAGACCCCAGGCCCUGAAGGCGCAGAGCCACCUCGCAUCCGCGCAGAACGGGACCAGCUGCUCAUCUCACGUCCGGUACGCAGCGACCACGCCCGGUACACCUGCCGUGUCCGCAGCCCCUUUGGCCACACCGAGGCUGCAGCUGACGUCAGUGUCUUCUACGGCCCGGAUGCUCCGGUCAUCAAGGUCUUCUCCGACCGCGAUGCCGUUCCUGAGCUCUACGUUACUGCGGGCAGCAAUGUCACCUUGCACUGCUCGGCCCCCUCGCGGCCGUCUGCGGACAUUGCAUGGAGUCUGGCAGACCCCACAGAGGCCGCAGUGCCUGCGGGGCCUCGCCUCCUGCUGCCGUCGGUGGGGCCAGGCCACGCCGGCGCUUACGCCUGCAUCGCUGCGAACCCCCGCACCGGCCGCCGCAGGCGCUCGGUGCUCAAUCUCACUGUGGCGGAUCUGCCCCCCGGGGCUCCACAGUGCUCAGUGGAAGGGGGUCCCGCGGACCGGAGCCUCCGCUUUCGCUGCUCCUGGCCCGGUGGGGUCCCUGCCGCCUCUCUGCAGUUCCAGGGUCUCCCCGAAGGCGUCCGUGCAGGGCCGGUGCCAUCUGCACUCACGGUGGCUGUCCCCGCCCGCCCGGAGCUCAGCGGCGUCGCAGUCACCUGUAUGGCCCGCCACCUGGUGGCGACACGCACCUGCACGAUCAUCCCGGAAGCCCCCCAGGAAGUGCUGCUCCAGUCAGUAGUGGAGGAGACAGAGCCAGGGGAUGUGGUGGUAGCACUGGAGGUCACUGGCUGUCCCCCACCCUCAAGAGCAUCCUGGGCCCGGGAAGGACGGCCCUUGGCUUCAGGAGGUGGGGGUCGACUGCGGCUUAGUCAGGAUGGCCGGAAGCUCCUCAUCAGCAACUUCAACCUGGAUUGGGACCUGGGGAACUACUCUGUGCUAUGCAGCAGUGCACUGGGCGCUGGAGGCAACCAGAUCACCCUUGCUGGGCCCUCCAUUUCCUCGUGGAGGCUGCAGAGAGCCCAAGACGCCGCAGUGCUCACCUGGGAUGUGGAGCGAGGCACCCUGCUCACUGGCUUUCACAUCCAGGCAUGGACAGACGGCUCUGACCUGGAUAGAGUCACCAUGAGCAGGGACUGGGUCUCCCUGCUCGUUCUGGGCCCUCAGGAACGGUCAGCCAUCGUGCCGCUCCCUCCUCGGAACCCUGGGACCUGGACCUUUCGCAUCUUGCCCAUCUUGGGGUCUCUGCCAGGGACCCCAUCUCAAAGCCGGGUCUACCAAGCGGAUUCUGCCCUGAGUCCCGGGGCCAUCGCUGGCAUCGUCCUUGGCUCUCUGUUGGGCUUGGCGCUGCUGGCUGGCCUUCUCCUCCUGUGUAUCUGCUGCCUGAGGCAUUUCCCAGGAAGGACUUCUGUGAAAAAGCAGCACCCCCUGACCUUGCCUCCUGUGCUUACCCCGCCAGGAAAAAAGGUGCAGAAUUUGACCCCAGUGCAGACCCCACGGCCACUGCCCAUCAAAAGCCAGCUGCAGAGCCCUCACCCAGUCAAGGCCCAACAAGUCAUCAGCCCCAGUCCAGCUUACUGUCCAGGUGGCAGCCCAUGGACUGUUCGGGCAGCCACCCAGGUAUGACAAAAGCUGGUGGCCCACUCUCCAUGAAGUGUUUUGGGGUACAGUUUCCUGCUUUGUUCCAGCAGCAUGGGGCCUACUGUGACUGAGGAUUGGACUCUAAGGGUGGGACAUCCUGUCCCCCUCUUGUCUCAGAAGACUCAACCUGUACUUUUGCAUCUGAGAACGUCAGUGUGACUCUGGGGAUAGAUAGGAGAGCCGCCUACAGAAGGGCGAAUGGCGGUUGGCGGAAACUCAGAUACUCUGACGUGUAGGGCCUGCUCUUCAGCUCCAAGCUGGAAGGGGAGCCUAGCCACAGCUUCUGCAACGGUCUGCUACCUUCUGCUGCCUCCUCCAGGCCUCACCCCUUCAGCUUUCAGAGACUCCCAUCAUCCACAUGAGAUCAUGCACGCAUCCCAUGCCCCGCUUCCUCCCCCAUCUCUUGAUUUCCUUUUUGCUUUGUUUUGUGACUCAGAGUCUCAUGGAGCCCAGGCUGGCUUCAGACUUGUUAGAUAGCCCAGACUGACCCUGACCUCAUGAUUCUCCGGCCCCAGUCCCCCAAGUGCUGGGACUGCAGGCGUGGGCCACCACACACACCUUUCUUUCUUUCUGUUGUUUUUUGUUUGUUUGUUUGUUUGUUUGUUUUUGAGAAAGGACCUCAUAACGUAGACCUGGUUGGCCUCACACUCCCCAGUCUUCCUGCUGAGAUGGCAGCCAUGCACUACCAUGGCUUCUCUCUCUCUUCUCUCUCAAAUUUCUCUCCGGCUGUACAUAGUGUUUAGACAUCAUUCAGUCUCUGCAUUCUAACCUCUGAGGCCUGUGGUUUGGCCUCUGCCAACCCCUGUGACUUGUCCUCCCAAGGCUACUCCUCCGUAGGCCUUCUGCCAACCACACUUCCCCCGGCCUCCAACUCUUUGUCCCUAGAGUUCUCUCUGCCUGGACACUUCUCUUUCCCAUGUCAUUGAUUUAUCAAGGCUUGAAGUAGCCACUGGCACUCAGAAAGACCCCCCCCUCCCCUGCCUUCAAUGUGAGUGAAGUUCCACAGUCCCCAGCUUCCCUCCAGUCCUGUAAGUGUACAAUGACAGAUGUCAGGAAGUUUCCCUCUCUGAACUGAUAGCUCAGUGAGGCACACACCACACUUUUAUCCCAGCAGAAACAGAGCCUGGCACACAGCAGGCACGCAAUAAAUACUGUGGACUGAUGGAAUAUUCGAGUGCCCGUGAAGAGCUGCUGCUGUUGCUGCUAUCCUUGGCAAGAUAUGUCUUCCUUUUUCAACAAGAGUGCUCACGGGAAAUUUAGAGCUGCAGCAGUGAGGAAUCUUAGGCUGCAAGCAGCAACAUAUAGAGCCAGGCAUCACGGUCCAAGGUAAUACAAACACUUGGGAGCUUGAGGUAGGAAGACCACAUGCUCAAGGUCAGUGUUUCAGAGGGAGACCUUGUCUCAAAACACCAAGGACUUGGCAUGUGAUUCCAUAGUAGAGCAGCUGCCUAGAAUCCCUCAGCGACGGAUGAGAAUGUGGCUCCAUGGUAGAGCUCCUGUCUAGAAUCUCCCAGUGAGGAUUAAAUACUGGGUUCAGUCUCUAAUACUAUAUGUACAAAGGGGGAGAAAAAUCAAGAUUUUGUAUUUUUUUAUCACUGCCAACAGAAAGUAUGAUACCAAUUAGCUUAUACAAACACAGGCUUUACUCCUUAUGUGUGGGUGAGUGGGCUUCAGGCAGGGUUUGAUCCAGCUGCUCUACCCUUUCCUCACUGCUACGCCCCAUAACACCCCCUCCACAUAAUAAAGCUACACUGCAUGCUCAGGCUCUGAGACUGAGCCCCCUUGACCAGCA